CAGCACAAAACUUCAUCUCCUAGUGCAUUACCGUCAGUGACAUCAUAACGGGCAGUAUCCUGCUCUUCAAUCCCACCAUUCUCUCUCUCCUAGAUUUCCAUGACACCCCAUUGUAUGGCAUUUUCGCCCCCUUUUCAGCCAUCAUGAGCCAUGCAAGGGCCGUCGGCCAGUACGAUGAGGUGGCUGCUCCUCAGCGACCUCCACUUCAAGCAUCAUGACUUGGAUCGGGUGCGGCAGACGGCGCAGUGGAUCGUUGCAGAGGCCGAGCGAAACCAGGUCAGCCGGGCGGUAGUGUGCGGCGACCUGCUGACGAGCCGCACGAUGCAGCCGACGCAUGUGCUGUCUGCGUGUUACCGCUUCAUCAGUCUCCUCAGCGACAUCGUGCCGCGAGUUCAUAUUGUGCUCGGCAACCAUGACCUCGCCUACCGUCGCGACUACCAGACCACGGCCCUUGACGCCCUCAAUAUCAAACACCUUUCCCCGUACGUGUCGCUGCAUAGCAUUGUCGCUCACCACGAAUGGGACGGCCGACGCGUCUUGCUGCUGCCGUUUCGCGAGGAGCAAAAUGAGCUGACGGAGGCCGUGGCUGCUCUAGGCCCCAACGAGGCGAGCAGGACGGUUGCCUUUGCCCAUCUCGCAAUCAACAAGGCUAUCACGCAGCGGCAUGUAGUUGGUGCCGGCGUCGAUAAUCCUCGCGCGGCAAACUCUAUUACGCACCGCGGCUUGACGGGCCCGAAUCGGUUUGCCUCUCUGGCUCGAACGUUCACGGGGCAUUUCCACAGCCACCAGACCAUCACCCAGGAACAAUCCGACAGCAGAAAGGUCGAUUUACAAGGGAGCGUCACAUACCUGGGCUCGCCCUUGCAGUUAAACUGGGCCGACCUCUACGACGAGCAGCGGGGCGUCGUUUUGUUCGAUCCAGAGACACCCGAGCACGAACUACUCAUCAACCCGCAUGCCGUCGGCUAUAUAACAGCUGACCUGCAGCAAGUUCUCAGCGGUCAGGUCGACGAGCGUGCCGUGAUAGACAAGCAUGUCAUGCUCAUUGGCAAGCUUACCCAUCUCAAGUAUGUCACAGCUCGUGACAAGCUUCUCUCGCUAGGCGUGCGGAGCGUGCGGAGUUGGACUCCUAUGGGCCUUGCUUUGCACACCGACCGAUCUUCAUCCGGUGGUCUCGGCGCGUCGGUGCCGGCGAGCGAUGCCGCUGUCCAGCCCUUGGAGGAGCCCACCAGGGAUGAGGCCGAUCUGGCCAUAACCAUGGACGGUGUUUCGGGCUCUGACCCUGGCUCCAACCCUCGGUUUGGAAAGCUCGACCUCGCCGCAGAGGCUCGCGAAUAUGCCGAGUCGCUGGAUCUGGAUGAGUCUCUUCUCUUGCGACGGGAUGAGUUGGUGCGGGUUGGCCAACGCAUGAUCCAAGUCUCCUGCGAGAUUAUUGACCAGGAUGGCGAGGACAAGGUUAACUACCGAGAUUUCCUGGAUGGGUCAUCUCAAGUAGUCGGCACAAGAACCGCCACUGAGCUGGCAGGGCCCUCUACCCACGUCUUCGUCGCCGAGCCCCGCAUACUUACAAUCACCAACUUCCUCGGCGUGCAGAACACCAUCAAGAUCGACUUCCGACAAGACCUCCCACGCGGAUUGGCCUUCCUGGUCGGCGACAAUGGCUCCGGUAAGAGCACCCUCGUCGAGGCCAUGGCGUGGUGUCAGUUCGGGCGGUGCAUUCGCGGCGGGCUAGCAGCCAAUGACGUCGUCAACGACAAUAUAGGCAAGGACUGCUCCGUCAAGCUGGAGUUCGCCAACGGAUACGCCAUUGAACGAUAUCGCAAGCACAAGAUCCACAAGAACCGUGUCGUCAUCUCGCUGUAUGGUGAGUCGCAGCCGCAGCUCGAGCACCCAGACGCGCGCACAACGCAAGCGGCCAUUAACGAGCUGCUUGGCACCGACUACGAGACAUACGUUAGGACGGUCGUGCUGAGUCACGAGAGUGCAGCAAGCUUUUUGAACUCGACACCAACGCAGCGGCGCGACCUGAUCGAGGCAUCGCUCGGUCUGUCGAUGUUAGAUCAGUGCGGGCAUGUGUCGAGGCUGCUGCUCAAGGACAUCGACGCAGACAUGAACAACGUGGAGUGUAAGCUAGAAGGUUUGGUCCGGACGAUAGAAUACAAUGAACGACGGCUCGAAGAUCUGAACCGGACACAGAAACGACUCGAAGAUGAGGCGGAGGAGGCUGUCGCGUCUUUGGAGGCAGCCAUUCAAGACCAUGCAAGCAAGGGAACUCAGGCCCCCGAGCUCAACAUGGACUUUCGUGUUGAGAUUUUGGCGCUGCAGAAUCAAAUUUACACCGAGCAGGAGAACUUACAACGACUGAAGAGCUCUUAUGCCCAGAUGCAGGAGCAGAAGCAUGCCGAGUCGACAUCAUGGCCAGGCUGGCUACAACAGCAACUUAGUCAAAUAUUCGAGUGCUCCUUCUUCGGAACAACUUCCUUCCUUGAACACGUUUUUGCGGAUGCCAGGGUAUGCUACCUGCCCGGUGUGAUCUGACAAACCGGCUGUGCAUACACAAAGUCAAAUCGUGCCAGCCUAUUCUUGUCUCUUUCCUCACCCGCUUUGCCUCGCACUUUCCACUUCUAACGUUGCAGAGCCGUGCGCUCGACAUGAUGCAGCUGCAUAUCCCUAUUACCUGGCAAUCCUAUU